CGUUGGUGAUGCUGAACAAACCUGAUUAAAUUUUUAUAAGGGGCUUUUGGGAAAUACGAUAGCUCUCCUGCCGUGUGUACAAGAAUUAACUUUGUCUUUCGCAGUUUCCUCGGGUAGUUUUUCAUUGUGGCGAAUCUGCCCUUGCGAUACAGUGACUAGGCGCUCAGGGGCCAGACGUAAGGCUCGAGGAUUCUGCUGUGAGAAGGACGUGAGGGUUGCUUGGUAGCUACUGUCAUGGCGGCCGCCAGCCCCAAUGCUGGGGCGUCCGCUCCUGAGGCAGCGGGUGCCCACGAACCCCCGCUACAGUACAGCGUUCUUUUGCAAUACUUGGUGGGUGACAAGCGCCAGCCCCGGAUCCUGGAGCCUGGUAGCCUGGGCGGGAUCCCUAGUCCGGCCAAGAGCGAGGAGCAGAAGAUGAUUGAGAAGGCGAUGGAAAGCUGCGCCUUCAAGGCAGCGCUGGCCUGCGUGGGAGGAUUCGUCUUGGGAGGUGCAUUUGGGGUGUUCACUGCCGGCAUCGACACCAAUGUGGGCUUUGACCCUAAGGAUCCUUACCGAACACCGACUGCAAAAGAAGUUCUUAAAGACAUGGGGCAGAGAGGAAUGUCCUACGCCAAAAACUUUGCCAUUGUGGGCGCCAUGUUUUCUUGCACUGAGUGUUUGGUGGAAUCUUACCGGGGAAAAUCGGAUUGGAAGAACAGUGUCAUCAGUGGCUGCAUCACCGGAGGAGCCAUUGGUUUCAGAGCUGGUUUAAAGGCUGGAGUGAUUGGUUGUGGCGGUUUUGCAGCUUUCUCGGCUGCGAUCGAUUAUUACCUACGGUGAGAGCAAUUCCCCAUGGAAGACGCCAGCACUAGCUCAGCAUCAGAGCUAUUCAGAGGAAGACGGUUUUUGCACCACUCCAGGGUACUGGUGUGAGAGACUGAAGACAUUUACUGCUUUUCCUCAUAUAGUUGGUGUUGUGAAGGAGCUGCCUGGCUGAGCUCUGUGCUGCUUUCUGAGCAGCAACACUGCUGUUCCUGGAGUCCAGCAGGGCUUAACGGAGGAUGUUCUGUGUCAAGUUCCCCCCUGAGAGCAGAUCCAGAGGUAAUGCUUCGAGUUUGAGGAAUUAAUCUCCACCAGGUUUCAGUGCUGACCACAGCUGGUCCUUUGGUCGUUUGGUACCGUGGGAGCACAUACGUUCUUUACACACACCCAGGGAGCUCUUCCACCUUGGCGCUCCACACGGCUGUCCCUCUUGCACAUCAGGGCAGGGCACAGUCGGUCCAGGCUGCCCAACCAAUUAUGUCAUUCUGUUUAGCCUCUGCCAUCCUUUUGUAAAAAAUACAUAUUUAUAUUACAGUUUAAAA